CCUAAGCUGAAACGAAGAGGUUAUUUUUCAUUUACAGGGCCAGGAAAAAAAAAAGAGCACCCAAAAAGCACAUAGAUUCUGAGGAAGACGAUGGCCGCCGUGAACACUGUGCAAAAAUUAACGAGCCAAGCUCGAGCGGUUCGAACCGUGCUGGGCUCUUUCUCGAGGAGGUUCUCUUCAGAUGCAUUGGUGGAGGUCAAGCCAAGCGAGGUCGGCAUGGUUUCCGGCAUCCCGGAAGAACAUCUUCGUAGGAGGGUUGUGAUAUACUCGCCUGCAAGAACUGCAACUCAACAAGGAUCUGGGAAACUUGGAAAAUGGAAGAUCAACUUUAUGUCAACACAAAAGUGGGAGAACCCGUUGAUGGGUUGGACAUCCACAGGGGACCCUUAUGCCAAUGUUGGUGAUGCUGCACUUAGUUUUGAUAGUGAAGAAGCUGCAAAGUCUUUUGCUGAGAGACAUGGGUGGGACUAUGUGGUUAAAAAACGCCAGACACCACUGCUGAAGGUUAAGUCAUAUGCAGAUAACUUCAAAUGGAAGGGACCUGUUAUAUCUGAAGACUGAUUCCAUUAUCUUGCUGAUCCUGUUGCUUUAUUCUCCCAUAAUUCAAGUUAUGCAACUGAGACUCAGGUUAUCAUGGUUGCACAUUUUCUGCUGUAUCUUUUGUGACAAUUUGAUCAAAAUAAACGUGAUAGAUCAGCAGGUGAGAUGGGUGUACCUUUUUCCCCACUUUCUCUUUGAUUCAUUUAUGAUACAGUUUGGAUAUAAUACUUGUUUGUCAAAACCUCCAUUUCCUUAUUCACAACUUUCCCCUC